AUGUCGAAAUGGAGGAAGUUUCAAACAGUUGUCAAAGUCUUCAGUAGCAGCACGUUGUUCCUCACAGCUUGCGGAGUUCUUACCGGAAACGAAACUGCGUUCAAAUGUUUUGUUUUUCCCAUAAAUCGUCAUUUGUCGCCCGAGAUUUCGCAGAAAUUAGCACUUUAUUGCUGUAAAUUUAACAUUUUUCAAAAAGAAAAUUUGAAAGAUGAUAAAAAAUUGCAAGUUAAACUCUUGAAUUUUGAACUAAGUAACCCUCUUGGCAUGGCAGCUGGCUUCGAUAAGAACGGAGAAGUCGCCGAUAAGUUGUUGGAAUUGGGAUUUGGGUUCGUUGAAGUAGGAUCUGUGACUCCAAUGGCUCAAAAAGGGAACCAAAAGCCGAGAAUUUUCAGAUUAAACGAAGACAAAGCGAUCGUUCAUCGAUGUGGCAAGGACAACGAAGGUCAGGAUGUCAUUUUUGAACGUUUGAAAGAAAUCAGAGACGAAAAUCGAGCAAAAGGAUUGAUCGGAGUCAAUUUAGGAAGCAAUAAAAUAACCCAAGAUCCCAUUGAAGACUACGUCAAAGGCGUUAAAAAAUUCGCUUUUAUCGCAGAUUAUCUCGUAAUUGACGCCCGAAUCAAAAAUUCACCCGGAUUACGAGAUAUUCACGACACAAAAUCCUUAAAAAAUCUCUUAAAAUCCACAAUUUCCGCUCGAAAUGAAAUUUCAGAAGAAAAAUCGCCUCCAAUCUUCCUCAAAUUGACUCCCGAUAUCACGCGACAAGAAUUACGAGAAAUAAUUGAACUCAUCAAACUCGAAGAUUGCAAAGUUGAUGGAUUAAUAAUUUGUAAUUCAACCAUUUAUCGUGAUCCUCGUUUGAAAUCUCGUUAUGCGGAGGAAUGUGGCGUCAUUAGCGGACUUCCGUUGAAAGAAAUUUCAACAAAAAUGAUCGCUGAAGUCUAUCAUCUUACAGAAGGAAAAAUCCCGAUAAUUGGCGUUGGAGGAAUUUUUACGGGAAAAGAUGCUUUUGAUAAAAUUACAGCAGGAGCGACUGUGGUUCAGAUUUAUACUUCGUUUGCCUUUCAUGGACCUUUUAUAAUUCCGAAGAUAAAAAAGCAACUUUUGGAUUACAUGGAAAUUAAUGGAUUCAAGACAGUGAAUGAAGCCGUUGGAAGUCGAAAGGAACAUUUUUUGUAG